UCUUAAAAAAAACAAGUGUGAGCAGUGUGAGCUACAUUCCAUGCUUACACAGUCACCAAAAAGACGGAAAUGAAACCCUUUAGAAGCCUUUUAUGUUAAUUAUACUCUUCAGAAAACAUGAAGAAAGCUACAUCUGCCAAAGAGCUGAAUGCUGUGCUUGUGGGAUCAAAGAGCUCCCGGCAAUAUCUGGUUGGAAACAUCAUCCUGGGAAGACAGGCAUUUGAUCUAAGAGAUGCAACAUCCCGUUGUGAGAGGGGAGAGGGAGAAGUACACGGGCGAAGAGUCACAUUGGUCAAAGCCCCCGGGUGGCUGCGAGGAUAUCGCCUCUGUAAUACACCAGAACUUAUAAAGACAGAAGCGAUUCUCAGCGUCACUCUGUGUCCGCCUGGACUGCAUGGUUUUAUCUUGGUGAUUAAUGCUGAACUACCAUUCAAAAACGUAUACACGAAGGCAAUAAAGGAGCACUUGCAACACUUCUUUGGUGACAAGGUGUGGGAUCACACUAUGGUGGUCUUUAGCCACAGAGGCAAUCUAGGCUACAAAACCAUUGAGGAUUACAUCAGGAGGGAAGGGGCGCCGCUCCAGUCGCUUCUAGAGGCCUGUGGUAACAGAUAUCACGUUCUUUGUGAUGAUGGCACAGACAACGACGUGAAGGUCAAAGUGCUGUUUGACAAGAUUGAUGCUAUGGUGGAAGAAAACAGUUGCUAUGAAACUGACAGCACGCUGAUACAAACUGUUGAGUUGAAGAGGAAGGAAGUGGACAAAAAAGCUGAGGAACUGCGUCUGCAGUCACAACAACAAAGGCAAAAGCUCAGAAAUGUCCUGACAGAGCCAACACCCAACCUGAGAAUCCUGAUGGUCGGGUGGGUGUUUUCGGGGAAAAGUGCCACUGGGAACAGUAUUCUGAGCGCUGAGGUGUUUCAGUCUGGUGACAGAACGGUGAAAGCUUUGAAGCAAAGUGGCGAGGUGGCUGGAAGACAGGUCGUCAUCGUGGACACUCCUGGAUGGUGGAAAUUCUUCCCACCGAUGUUUAACCCUUUGACUUUGACGUCCGAGAUUUUAAAAGGGGUGUCUUUGUGCUCGCCAUCACCAAAUGUCAUCUUGCUGACAGUGCCGCUUGACACAUCAUUUACCGAUGAACAAAGAAGAGUCACAGAGGGUAACAUGAGGCUGCUUGGACAGAGAGUGUGGAGACAUGUUAUUGUGCUGUUUACAUUCGGGGACACUAUUGGGGACAAAACUAUUGAGCAACACAUUGAAAGUGAAGGAAAGUCUCUCCGUUGGCUUAUUGAGAAAUGUGGAAACAGGUAUCAUGUUCAUAACAAUAUGAGCACAGCUGAUGAUCAGGUAACAGAGUUGCUGGAAAAGAUGGAGGAGAUGGUAGCAGGAAACAGCUCUUUUUACCUCAGUGCCAAUCCAGAGACAGAUGGGCCACAAACUGAGGAAGACAAAAGUGACAAAUCAACUGAAAACAAAGAAGAGAACACAACCAAGGAGAUCACAGAACAACUUAUCAUCGAAUGGGAUCGCACAAACUGGGAAAAACACCAUAGCCUUAAAGGAAGUAUGAAAUCACCACCAGCCAUGAGUGAUGACGAGCAGAAGUCUGAGGCUUCAGAAGGAGAGGAAGAACAAAUGGAGCACCGACAGACCUGUUUUGGUGUUGAAGUAGCGAGUGAAGAUGAUGCAGGAUCUGGCCCACUGAACACAUGGAUGGAACUGCUGGAGAGAGAGUGGAGCAGACGAGAGGUGGCCAUGGAACAGGCUUCUUGGAGACAUUUCUACAAAUCUGUCUUUGCAGAUGGGAAUGCCACCUCCGAACCAGAUAGUGAUCAGCUGCUGAAAUCGAGAGAAAAAGUAACAAUGUGGCUGAAAACCCAACAUACAUCUGGGUAUGGGUCAGCUUCUACCACCAGCGAGCCAGGAGGAAGAGAAUUCCAAUGAAAAAGAAUUACUUUAAGGAGAGCUGUUUUUAUUCACGGGCGAGCCAGGGGGUUGUCUACAGUGCCACUAGCUGGAGGGGCACCAAAGAGGGGGAAGAAAUCUUUUUAAAAGAAUUCAUGAAAUUAAUUUAAGAUGCCCUUCCUACUUUUCCUAGUUUUAAAAUAAAAACCCCACUGUCCACUCUGCUCUAAACACCUGAUACUGAGAGAAGAUAACAGACUGUAGAAAGACACUCUACUGGGGAAUGAUGUUCGCUGUCAUUUCAUUAACCUGCUGGCUGCCACUUAUUUUGUGACCCCGCAGGUAAUUUGCUCACACCGCUGUGUAAGAGUGAUGAAUGAAUAGCCUGGAUGCUUAUGAUUCAUACAAACAUCAUAAUACAAUCCACACCAGGAGAAGAUUCAUAACUGGGAUACAGAUACUGAGUGCGCCCUCAACUCCAGUCAUGUAGUAGUCAGUGAGUCAGUUGGUUUAACAAAAGGAGAGUAAUGAUAAACAAUCGAACAAAUGAUUUAAACCCUGAAAUUACAGUAAAGUAAGGACCAGCAGAGCCAGGAAAAUCCAGGUAGUUUGAUUAAAAGGUGUUGGCUACGAAUAAGAUGUUUUCUCCUGGAAUGACAGCUGUCAAAGACGCACCACUGUGCUCCGUUAAAACUGUCUACACAGCAUUGUGCGCCAGUGACCCACUGUGCCGCAAAAUAAAAGUAGCAGCUUCAGUUAAUUAUAUGACGGCAAGCAGCAGUGAACAAUGCACGCAGAGCAGUCGUUUCACAUUUAAUCAAAAGACAUUUUGCAGGUGAAGCACACCUCUACAGUGCAGUAUUUUGUUCACGCUUGAGAUUAUCAAGUGUCUAAAUCCUGUCUAGAACAGCAUACUAACACUCUUAUUAUUAUAUUUUUUAUAUAUUAAUAUUUUCUUAAUGCAGAGCUUUAGCUGUAAGACAUUUCGAAACUGCUUCACUAAUUUUAAAGCAGGCCUAAAAUGUGCACUGUAAGUUGUAUAAUUAAGGAAAGAAUGUAAUUAAGAUAAGUAUCAGAUCAUAAAAGCCUAGCACAGAAAUGACAGAGACUGAUGUGGAGGAGUCAAAGACACUCCUUUAUCAGAUGAUCAGUAUGUACUCCACAUUGUGGACACGCGAGUGUCACUUUGUCCCAGAAUGAUUUUGUGACAACAGCGAUGUGAUGUAAUCACCGCUACCCGGAAGAAAUAGUUUAGUUUUUGGAAUUCCAGGAGAAUUUUUUUUUUUUUUUUUUUUUAGAAAAGAAUGCAAGACAUUUUGGGAACCAUCAGCAAAAUAUUCCAAUGAUGUUUUAUUAUUCUGACGACUUAGACAACUAAAACUGAAUCAGUAUGAAUCUCACAUCUCACAGCUUAAGCACUGUAUCUCACAAUUAUUUUAUAACAUUUUAAGGAGGCUUUUUGCUGACUGGUUACUGAGACAAUGCAGUGCAUGCAACAAAGGAAAAGCUUAAAAGAUAAUGAUAAGAAGAUUAAACACAAGAAAAAAAUAAUAAUUCUCUCACUAGUGAACAUCAAAAACAUUCAAAAUAUUGCAAAGCUCUGAGGUUUGGACCAACAGGAUUAUGAUUACAAAACAAUACUUUAAUUUGGUUUUGAGGCAGUUUGCUCAAUCUCUUCAGUCCCAUAUCAAAAAGCAAACACUCACGUACUGUUGAAUGAUUUUCCAGAUGACCCUGGCUUUUCUUUCUUUGUUUUUUUUUUGUCGUAUUAUUAUUAUUUUUUUUAAAUCUAGCUAUUCUUCUAUCUAUCUUGUUGGGAGUUUGUACUUGAAUCCUACUGAGGCCCUUGAGCUUCAGCAGGACCGUCAUAGUGACAUCAGUUUACCACUUACUAUGAUGUAUGCUUUGAAUUCACCAUAUAAAUGCCUCCUUAAACAUUCCUCUGUCUCUAACGCACGCACACAUAAACGUUUUUUUUUUUCAGUUUUUUUUUUAGGGGGCGGGGGUUACUAGGUUUAUCUGUGAAAUAAUCACAAGGAUAAUGAUCGGAUUUAAAUUUAGACAUCCCACCAAUAUAAUUUCAUUUUGUAUGUAUGGAAUAGGUUGAGCAGCACUAAAUACUCGUAUUGCCAGAGCUAAUGUCAAUGAUCUGCACUGUAAACAUUACACAAGGUGACGCCAUCCGUCUGCUUUGUCAGUGAUUUUACUACUUUGAAUUUACCCUCUGUAUGAAACGUGUUAUGUAAAUAAAGUUGCCUUGCCUUGAAUGCAAUUCAUGCAACACUUAACAUCGCCCAACUGAUGCAACACAAGCAUACUCCAGGAUAGUAAUCAAUUGGACCCUCUAUCGUGCUGCGACUCGCAGACAGUUUGUGACUAGAGUGGUAACGUUACUGGUACACUGUUCACGUAAAAGUGGAUUUAGGGCAGGCACAACAAUAAAAAGAACAGCUCUCGUCGAGUACGACAUGAUUCCCUUUGUUUGUACCAAAGAGCUGUUGAAAAGAA